AAUGCUUUAACAAUUAAUAGAAGAGCACUUGAUUUCGCUCGCGCACAAAGUCGAUUUAUUACUCGCAGAUUUAUUAAUUGUUUGUAUACAAUAGAUUAACGACAUGUUAUUAUUAAAUAGAGAUCCCUGGUAAGUCACUAAACUUUAAUAAACUCGAUUAUGAACGGUGUCGAGUCUACAUCACUGACGCGAGAUUACAUGAAAAUUUCGUAACAAACCACACUAUCGCAAUCACGUACCCGAUAUUCGUAACCCCGGUACAUUGUUAGACAGUCGAAGAGAAAUUCUUAAGAUUCCACGGGACAUGUGCGUGCAAACCGUUCUAUUAAUGUACCCGUCACAUCUUACCUUCUCUUCCUUGCGUUCCUGGCUCUAUCUUUCUCUCUCCCUUUCUACAUCUCUCUACUAGCGUUCUUUGCCGCUCCCUUCCUCUUCCGAAGUGUAUAGCACGACUUAUUCAAACACGCGCCCAAAGAGAAACAAGCGGCGGAUGCCACGAAGUGCUGUAAAAAUCUUCGCUUUUUUUUAUUGCGCUAUAGAGGAAAUGGAACAUUCGGUAAAUGGACCGUGUCUCGAUAACUCAAAACAACGGAGCGUUAGUUCCGCGCGAUGAAGUUUCACAAUAAUAACAAAUGCUCAUAGUAUGACGUCAAAUGCAAUUAGAGGCAUCAGAAGGAAGAAGAGUUCGCUGUGCGAAGUCAAAGUGGCUGUGAUAGGAGCACCAGGAGUUGGCAAAAGCGCACUGACAGUAAGAUUUUUGACGAGAAGAUACAUCGGGGAAUACGAUCAUCAAUCAGAAACUAGAUACAAGCAUGAGGUACUAGUCGAUGGCGAACCUAUUCUUUUUGAGAUUUUAGAUACAUGCCCAAAGAGUGAGGAUGAAUUGCCAUCAAUGGAAACUUUGCAAUGGGCCGACGGUUUGCUGCUGGUUUAUUCGAUAACAGAUAGAAACUCUUUUAAUUUUGUUAGAAAGGCAAAAGAAGCUCUAGCGGUGGCUGAUCCUGAAGCUGCAAUGCCUCUUGCUCUUGUUGGAAAUAAGGCUGACAUGGUUCAUUUACGACAAGUCAGUGGUGAAGAAGGAGAAAUAUUAGCGAAGGAUUUUGAAUGUUGGUUUAGUGAAAUAACUGCUGCUGAGCAGGUUGCUCAAGUCGCGGAAUCUUUUCACGAAUUAUGCAGAGAAGUUCUCGCAGCUAGAAGAAGAAAUAAACAAUCUUUGCUGGACAGAAUGCUUGGUAGUAAAGCAACGCGUGCUUAUUCGCGAGGAAAAAGUGACUCUGCUCUACCGAAAGAAUAAGAUCGUUGUUCCAAAUAUUUGCAUAUUGCAAAUAUAAGGAAAUGAAUGUCCUAUGACGAAAGAUCAAUACAACUGUGUUUUUAAAAAAUUGAAAAGUAUGAAAAACAGGACAAUUCAAAAUUAUAAUUUUGUUAUAUAAUGAAUAAAAAAGAUAAAACUACAAAUGCCAAAGAAAAUAUCAUAGUUUCGAAUUUGUACAGUAAUAAGAUUUAUAUGUGUAUUGAGUAACGUUUAGAAUGUACAAAUCUUUAUAAAUAAUAUUUUUACAAUAGAAAAAAUAUCUAAAGCUCAACUAAAAUUAAAAUUACUGAAAUGUGCUGAAGAAAUCUAGAAGUUAAAAAAAGUUUAGAAAAAGUUUAAAAAAAGCAUAAUACACAAAACAGUCAACAGUUUCUAAUUUUUAUAAUUCUUAUAUUAUACAAAAUAGUAAUAUAUUUUGUAAUUUUUUUAUCGCAUUAGCAAAUGAAACAAGUAUUGCAUCUAAAGAAAGGCUGAUUGUGUGUGACCAAUAUAAAUAGUAUAUAAAUUUAUUAUAUAAAUGUUGAGAUUCUUAUAAUAUUCUAUAUUUAUUUUGUACUUAUAAUAAGAGAUAUCAUGUGACAAUAAAAAUGUUUUACUUAUUU